AAGACCAAAAAAAUAAAAAAGGAACUGGGAGAAUUUGUUUGUCAGACGAUCAAAACCAGCAACCCUGAUUCUCUGAAGAGGUUCUCCAUGGCGUUUCAUUUCCAUCACCUCCACGGGGUGUCUUUGAGUUUUAACAGAGCCAGGAACCAUUUGCCCUGCAUUAGUUCGUUCUCUUCUGCAUUUUCAUUUUCAACCCUCUCAGAUUCCUCCAUAAAGGAACCGUCGUUUGAUCAAAUAAGCAACCAAUCGACCGUCGACGAGCGUCGCGUUCUCGGUGAACUCUCCGACUUGUUUCAAUUUUCUCAUAGCAACGCGACUGUUCCAAAUUCGUACAGGGAGAGUUAUCCGCCGAAACAAAUGGAAAGACGAGCUGUUGAUGAAUUUUUAUUGCCUGAAGAGAAAUUGCGAGGGGUUUUUCUUCAAAAAUUGAGGGGUAAGACUGCUAUUGAACAUGCAUUAUCAAAUGUUCCCGUGGAAUUAAGCAUCGAUAUAAUGUCCAAGGUCGUGAAUAUAGGAAAUUUAGGCGGUGAAGCUAUGGUUUUGUUUUUCAAUUGGGCAAUGAAGCAGCUGGGGAUAGCAAGAGACAUCCAUAGUUACUACAUAAUUAUUAAAGCACUAGGUAGAAGGAAAUUUUUUAAGUUUAUGAUUGAGACUAUGCAUGAUAUGGUGAAAGAAGGCAUAAAACCUGAUGUGGAGACACUGUCAAUUGUAAUGGACAGUUUCAUCAGGGCUCAGCGUGUGCAAAAAGCUAUAGAAACGUUUGAGAACUUGGAAGAGCUUGGAUUGAAGCGUGAUACUAAGUCUUUGAAUGUGCUUUUACAGUGUUUGUGUCGACGAGCUCAUGUAGGUGCUGCAAAUUCGUUGUUCAAUGCAGUAAAUGGGAAGGUAAAGUUCAAUUGUGAUACAUACAAUAUCAUGAUAAGUGGGUGGUCAAAAUUAGGUAGAGUUAGUAAAAUAGAGAGGACAUUGAAAGCAAUGAUAGCAGGUGGAUUUACUCCAGAUUGUUCAACUUUCAGUUAUCUUAUUGAGGGCUUGGGAAGAGCAGGAAGGAGUGAUGAUGCUGUUGAGAUUUUUGAUCAUAUGAAGGAGAAAGGAUGCAUUCCAGACACUAGAGUUUACAAUGCAAUGAUUUCUAAUUUUAUUUCUGUUGGGAAUUUUGAUGAAUGUAUGAAGUAUUACAAGGGUUUAUUAAAUAGUAACUCUGACCCUGAUAUGGAUACCUACACGAAAUUGAUUUCUGCUUUUCUUAAAGCUCAAAAAGUGGCUGAUGCUCUUGAAAUUUUUGACGAGAUGUUAGUUCAAGGAAUUGUUCCCACUACAGGGACUUUAACCUCUUUCAUUGAACCUUUAUGCAGCUAUGGUCCACCCUAUGCUGCUAUGAUUUUCUAUAAGAAAGCUAGGAAGUUUGGCUGUAAAAUAUCACUUAGUGCCUAUAAGUUAUUGCUCAUGCGGCUAUCCAGAUUUGGUAAAUGUGGAAUGCUGUUAAAUAUAUGGGAUGAGAUGCAAGAAAGCGGUCAUACUUCUGAUAUGGAAGUUUAUGAGCAUGUCAUUAAUGGACUUUGCAACAUAGGGCACCUUGAAAAUGCAGUGCUUGUCAUGGAGGAGGCUUUGCACAAGGGGUUUUGCCCAAGCAGAGUUUUAUAUAGCAAAUUAAAUAGCAAACUGCUUGCUUCGAAGGAAGUAGAGAAGGCUUACAAGUUAUUUUUGAAGAUUAAAAAUGCUCGCCGUGAUGAAAAUGCUCGGAGAUAUUGGCGUGCUAAUGGCUGGCAUUUUUGAGUUGGCACAUUUAUCCAUGACUAGGAUUAUCCAAAAAGCUUCUGAGCUCCUUGGUUUCAUGAUGGCUAAACUCAAAUUUGCCAAAGCAAGAUAUACAUAUAUGCAUGAUUCUGUGAUGGGCCUGGUAAGAUAACACCAUAUUUCAUUGGAAGGAGUAAAUGGCUUUAUUUAUCUUCUAUUUCUACUCGGUAAGGAUAGUUGACCCCUCAAUUUGUUGCAUUCUCUCUGGAUUUAUUUCUUUCAACUUUGCAGUGUUCAUUCCCUAGAUUGAAGAUAAUUGGUCUUGGUAACACUAUCUGCUGAUUCUUGCUGCUCAUUUAGCAUGUUGUCCUUGUAAAUUUCUGGGUUUCAGAACCCACUUAAGUCAUUGGCAUUGUGAAGUAUUGCAUUACGAGGGAGAAUUACACCUGAUAUCUUCACCAAGCUGGCUGCUAGGUUUGCCAUUCAUUUGCAAUGCCAUUUCUAAAGUCCUUGUUCAGUUUAUGGGGCCUUUCUAGAAUCCUUGCUUGCUCACUCUCUUUUUCAAUUUUCUAGACUUUGUCCUUUAAGCAUCCUGUUAACUUUAGUGCUUUGUUUUUAUGAUAGUAAUAAUUAUUAAAGUUUUUUAGUUCGUAUCAUUGCAUUGACAGUUAAUAUCUCAAAUUGUGUUUUUCUGGUUAAUGUGCUGGAUAGGAUGUAGUUUCACAGUAUUAAAAUGCUGGACAAUAAUUCAGAGAUUUGAAAUUGCUUUAAAAUGUCACUUUUAUGAGCACAUUUGAUCUAUGAGGAAUGUACUUUAUAGAUGCUUCAUCCCCCAUUUUAUUUGUCAUUUUAUAGUUGUAUAUUUGUUUAUACACCUAGUCUUUUCUCGUCAAUGUAGAAUCUGUUGUGUCUACCUGCAUUUGGAGUUCAACUUGAAAUUUGCUAUUGUGAAGCAAAUCCUUAAUCUUUAUGCGAGUAGUUCAUCUCAUGAGAAAAAUUUCCAUUUUCAUAGUUUGGAAUUAAUACAAGGGAAUUGUUACUAUAGUUUCAAUAUACUUGCAUUGAAAGCUUAAUAUGUAGUAGUUAAAUUAUGUUUGAAGAGACAAUCUCUUGGAAGUAUCCAGAUAAACGUUCUGAUUCUUACCUGUUACGUCUGCCUAAAGAAAAAGUCAGAAGAGUUAAAGCUGCUUAAGAAUUGAAAUGUUUGUAAUUGCUUUCGUCACUUGCAUGAAUGAAUAAUUUUUGGUAAUUUAUGGGGAAUAAUGCAUAUUUUGGCCACUGAACUUUCUUCAAAAUUUGUAUUCUAGUCACAAAACUUUUAUUUUGUACAAACAACCCAUUGGACUUUAAUGAGAUAACCUUUAGUUCUUUUCUGGCAUUUUACCAUUUCAUUUCAUUUCAUUUGUUUAAUACUUUUUAAAAUGAUUGUUCUUAGUCUGCAGUGAGGGAUAUUGCCACAGCUUUGUUCCUGGACAAAAUCUGGAUACCUAUUCUGAUUGAGCAUGUGACUCCAUUCAUGCGAUACUGGAGCCUGGCUUUGGUUAUUUGUUGCAGAGGAGGUAACAUCCGCUGGUGAAUGUCUACCAUAAAUGGAUUUUAGCAUCUAAAUUAGAUAGAGUAUGAUAGGCUAGUUCAACUAGAACAUGAUGUUCCUCUUGAUUCUUGAAUGGCUGUACUUUUAAGGAGCUGCAGUAACAAUCCUGAAAAUUGGAAAUAGUUAAAACAAUUAAAUUACUUGCUAGGUGAUCCAUGAGCUUCUAGCAAAUGAAUGUUAACAAGAAUUCUGAAGGGAAAAAUACAUGGCAUCCAACAGAGAAAAAGGAACGGCUGGGGGAGUAGUUAGUAGUUGCCACUCUCAAAUCCCUCGUCCCAACUUUUCUUGAUUGCUUUGGGGAAACUUUUUUGUUUUGCAGGAAGCACAAAUUAAUGUUGGAUUCCAUUUUCCAAGGCCUUGUCUGCUGCAACUGGAAUACUCAAGCCUCGUUAUCAGUCUUUUUGAAGAAGAGAGUUUAGCACUAUUUAGACUUUUUGAUUUAAGGGUAUGUUUGGUUUAUGAUGUAAUGUAAUAGUGUUGUAAAGAGAAGCUAAAUGAGUUGUUCGCAAGCUUAAUUGCGAAGUGUUGUAAGAUGUAGAAAACAUUUUGAUAAUAUAAUUUAUUUUAAUAAAUAAAAAAAUAAC